UACUCAAUGAUGAGCUUUGAUUAAUUGGCACUGCAAUUAAUUUGGGGCAUGCAAAUUUAAGUAUACCAGCCAGCAGCAAGGCAGCCAUCUUUCAAGAACCAAAGGUUUCCGUGCAGACAUGAAUUAUUCAAGAGUUCAAAACUUCCGGAAGAACCAAAAGCAGCAUAUUUCUACUAAAGCAGCUGCUAUGCUGCAGAACCAGAUGAUUCGGAGGAGCUCAUCUUCUGAUCUGUCAGAAAUUUGCUCAAUUGGUUCUGGAAGCUCACUGGAGUCUCUGGCCUCCUUGGCCAGUGAUUCAGGCAACAGAUUUUCCUCUGGUACACCUCCAUCUGCUCUGAAGUCUUCUGAUCAUCCACCAAAAAUUCCAUUUCAGAAGCAGAAAGCUGCACUAGGAAAUAAGAAGAUGGGAAAACCAGGCUUCCUGAGUUUACUAGCUGACAAGGAGGUCCGACCAUUCCAGAACAAGCAUAUUAUUCUCAGCUACCGGCUUCAACAUUAUAAGAGACCGUCAGGUGUUUCCUUACCCAUCGAAACGAAAACAACUUCUGAGAAAAGUGGUGAUGAAAUCCCUGAAGCAUCAAAUCCUGAUGAUAAACCCUUGAAAAACCCUACAUCCAAAAAAGGUCAGGGCCCAAUCCAGUUUGGUACCAGACAAGGCUUAAAAUUUCGUCAUGAAUCCCCUUGUGUGUUUGCACUCAGAAGCUGGGAACAGUCAUCAGCACCGCCACAAAGUGUCUUUUCCGAUUAUGAUCUGUUUUCCAGACCAGAAUCUGCGCCUGGUUCUGAAAUAAAAGGCCAUGCUAUCAUAAACCCUGAGGGCAAUGCAUGUUUUCGCCCACUAACAUUUUGCACUGUUCAUAAAUCUGCAGGUGUGCUAAGGCUAAAAGACAUCCAGGAUUCAGAAUGCUAUAGUCGACUGGAAGUUAAAAUUCCAGUCCAUAAAGUAACUCACUGGUUUAAUGACUGCAUCCUUAAAUUUCCACCAAUUCAUACUACGUUGAUUGUUUUCAAGCCGCCGAGCAAAGACCGAAAGGCUAUGGAGGACUUUAGUUGUGUUCCUCCUCCUCCUCCUCCUCCUCCACCACCUCCACCACUGAAAGCUAAUCCAAAUGCGUCCUGGACCAAAAAUGCAAAACUUCAGGUGAACUUCUUAAGGUAUUGCAUGGAAUGCUGCAAAGUACUUGUGCCCAAGAGUAAUGUCUACUUGUACAGGGGCGAUGCAUGGUUUUGCAGCGAAGAAUGCCGCUACUCGAGCGCCAUAAAAGACUUGGAAUUAGAAGCAAUUCAGGAGCUGGCCCUGAUGCUUCAAAGGGCUAAUAAGAUUAAGCAGGCUAACAGGGCCAAAGCAGUAAAAGAAAGUGAAGUCGCUUCAGGCAAGGACAAGAACAAGGGCAAGGGGAAAGGCAUCUUUUUCAUCGGAUGAUUUACAUCCUUGAACAUGAAUAAAUAAGAUGGGCUAGCUAUUGCGUGAUGAUUUCCAUGGCUUGCAGGAACCAAUGUAAAAUUGUCAAUAGAGCCUGCUAUUUAGGGUCGUUGGAUAUUGUCCGUAUUGUAAUGGACUUCGUGUCUCUGAAUAUUAUUAAUUGAUGUAAUGCCAUCUAUUUCUCCUUGAAUCCAUCAUAUUAGUUUUCUAA